UGCUAGUGCUGCUAUAUCAUGUAGGCUUAUCGGGGGUAGUUGUCUUGAUGCAAAUCUUUCAGUUCAGUGUGCUUGCUUGCCAAUCUCGAUGGUCUCAAGGGUAAUCCUGACUCCGAAUUCAAGAUACCACCGGCGGGCGCUUUUCGGCGGUUAAACGCAUUUGUGAACCUUGCGUGACUCUUGUAAUAUAACCAUACUACUCCAUCCAGUGCCGAUGCAAAUGGAUCCAGAAGUAUCUAUCUUGUUCCAGGUUGAUGCCCAAUUUUACAGUUUGGUUCACUGCCAUAUUGCGAUGAUGAAAACAAACUGUCCACGUCUUGAGCCACUCGCUCUCUCCACGGCCAUAUUUUGCCAACCAGCAUUGCCGCUUGCUUUAAUUUUGACUCACUGAUCAAUUAGGCCGGCCGCCGCUGGUGGACGUCAAACUCGGCAAAUGCUCGCGGAUGGUUCUGCCUAUGCUAGAUUGGGCUCCCCUGUCCUGGCUGAUGCGCUACUCUAGUGGAGUACAAACUACCAGUUGCAGAUGAACAAGAUGGCUUCGAGGAGCUCCAGCUCCAGCCUAGUGCUCCUCCUCCUUCUCUGCUACUUGACUACUGGAGACGCCAAUGGCGGUGCUGCUGCUGCUGCUGCUCUUAGGUUGGGCUACUACUCGGAGUCGGGAAGCUGCCCGAGAGCAGAGGACAUCGUCAAGGACCAGGUCGCGCAGCUGUACGACAAGCAUGGCAACACGGCGGUGUCGUGGCUGCGAGCACUGUUCCACGACUGCAUGGUCAGGUCCUGCGACGCCUCGCUCCUGCUCGAGACCACCAGCAGCAGCGUCUCCGAGAAGGCCGCCCCGCGGAGCUUCGGCAUGAGGAACUUCAAGUACAUCGACGUCAUCAAGGCUGCCCUCGAGCGGGAGUGCCCCGCCACCGUCUCCUGCGCCGACAUCCUCGCCCUCGCCGCGCGGGACGGGGUCGCCAUGCUCGGUGGCCCGCGCGUGGCCGUGCGCACGGGGCGGAGGGACAGCCGGGAGAGCUACUACGCCGAGGUGGAGCGCUACAUCCCCAACCACAACGACAGCGUGUCGGUGGUGCUGUCCCGGUUCGCGGCCAUGGGCGUUGACACCGAGGGCACGGUGGCGCUGCUGGGCGCGCACUCCGUCGGCCGCGUGCACUGCUUCAACCUGGUGGGGCGACUCUACCCCUCGCUGGACGCCGGCGUCGACCCGGCCUACGGCGAAUACCUCCGGGGGCGCUGCCCGACGGCGGACGCCAGGGAGGACACCCGCGACGUGGUGUACGCGCGCAACGACCGCGUGACGCCCAUGAUCCUUGACAACAUGUACUACAAGAACCUGCUGACGCGCAAGGGCCUCCUCCUCGUUGACCAGCAGCUGGCCGACGACCCCCGCACCUCGCCCUUCGUCAGGAGGAUGGCCGCCGACAACACCUACUUCCACGACCGCUUCGCCGCCGCGCUCAUCAAGAUGUCCGAGAACAGCCCGCUCACCGCCGGCGAGGGGGAGGUCAGGAAGGACUGCAGGUUCGUCAAUUCUGCAUGACAGCUGCAGGUUCAAUCAUGAAUUGGCGCUCCAUUCCAUAUAUAUAUAUCAUCGAUCAUAUCAAUGGUGUGUGUAUUUGUCGUUGACUCCAUGUGUGUAAUUAAGAAUAAGAAAUGCACGAAUUAAUCCACGGUAA